UCGUCCCUGAAGGAGCUCCACCUCAAAAUUGAAUGUGAACCUUACAAUAUCAACUGACAAUCAACUUCAGCCGCUUGCACCCUCCAUUUGUGCACGUGCGACGAAUAGCGUUCUCUAACAUCAUCCAUCUUGCGAUAACUGGUACUGCGAGAUCGUGAUAGGCCGGCCAUCACUCCCCUGCGGCCUCAAGCAUCCCGACGUCUUGCUGCGUACCCUUGGAACCUUCAUGGGCGGCGGCCCCUUGCUUCCGGUGGCCUGCCGCUGUCGCUGACCGAGAGGGUCUUGAAUGCUGUCGUUGCGCCUGUGCGCUGUCUCAUUCGCCUUUCUCCAGGCUGCAGCAAGAUGGCUGACACAGCCUCGAUGAGUCUUGAGGAGAUCCAGGAGGAGCUGACAGUGCAAAAGGUUGUCUUAGAGUCCCUUUCUGACGCAACGUAUGAUGGGGCUGAGGAUAUGAGACAAGAGGCUCACUCGGAGAUCGUUCGCCUCAAGAAGCUUCUUCAGACCUUGAAACAGAAGAAGGAGCCUGGUACUACUACUGGUGAAUCUCAUCACCACGCCCCGGAAGAUCGUUUCCCUGGAUCAUCAACUCUAGGUUUACAGCCAAGAGCAUUAAGCUGACCUUUCUCCAGAGGAUGCUGAGCCUGGAGCAUCAAAGGCCAUGCAAUCUCCAUCACGACACGGUGUCUGGCGUUUACCUGAUCGAAAGAGGGGUGCCGACUCAGCUCGCCUCUCCUUCCAUGACAAUCAUGCCAAAACACGCCGCAUUUCCCCUGAAGAUAAUACCUUCUCGACUGCCAUGGCCUACGGCAAUGCUGAUGACCAUAUUGACUUCAUAGACCUUACUGGGGACGAUGAUUACAUAGGAUCCGACUUCAUCGCUGAACAACUCAAGGCCGAGGAGAGACAAAAGCAGGAAUGGGCAGACCAACAGCUCGCGAGACAACUUGCAAGUCAAGGCCCUUCCAGUCAAGCUUCAGGCUCACAAUCCUCUAAAAUUAACGCCUUUACACGACUCAUGAACAGCCAGCCUGCCCUUUCUACCCCGCUUGACGACGCAGCUGACGACCUCUUUCGGAUCCCCGGAGCUUAUGAUGCGCAAUGGGAUGAUUCUUCAGGUGCCGGGCCAGCUUUCAACAUACCCCAAAGGCGAAUGGUCCCUCAGUACAUACCUGUGGCAACAUCCUCAAACCACAACGCCAUCAAGGACGACCCGGAUCUUAUCUUCGCCGGAUCUGUUACUCGCCAACCACCAACUCCUACUGGUCGUCCGACCCUGGCUUCCGGCAUGAACUACCCAGACCUGACUAGGCGUCAUCCUGGUGCGCCUCCUGCUGGCGUCUGGCCUAACAAUUACAGCUCACCCAAUUCUUCAUCAAAUUUAUCAGGACUCGCCAAUUUGACUAGAUGGAGUAACGGACUUGACUUCGUAAGCGGGCUAGAUGCCGAUGGCACGCCAAUAAACCCCCAUCUGAUGAGUUUCGCGAGAGAAGCGGACAGUUUCCAUACGCCUCAGCUCGACCAAGGAGAACUUGAUGCUCUCCUAAAAAAUAUCUCUGCUGAUAUGGAUCUUCCCAAGGCAGGCCUAGGCGAGGCACCAGAAGGGUUGAAGAGGCCCCUGUAUCCUCAUCAGGACAUUGCUCUAGCCUGGAUGAAGAAAAUGGAAUCAGGGACAAACAAAGGCGGUAUUCUUGCUGAUGACAUGGGGCUCGGAAAGACAAUUUCAACACUUUCACUCCUCCUGGACCGACGGGCACCCACAAGGCCAAAGACAAACCUCAUCGUCGCCCCUGUGGCUCUCCUACGUCAAUGGGAAGAAGAAAUUGCUACCAAAACUAAACCAACCCACCGGCUCUCAGUAUAUGUUCACCACGGCAAAAAGGCCUCGAUUGAUGAGUUGCUUAGAUACGACGUGGUGCUGACAACAUAUGGUACGGUGGCACAAGAGCUCAAGCGAUUUGAAAAGAUCGUGGAGGAUCAUAAGGAAAGGGGAGGAAACAUCAACUGGAACGACACGACCAUCAGUUCCAAACUAUCACUUCUGCACCCAGUCAAGGCCCAAUUUUACCGUGUCAUUCUUGAUGAGGCACAAUGCAUUAAGAACAAGGACACAAAGGGUGCCAAAGCUUGCACCCAACUGAAAUCGAUCCACCGAUGGUGUCUGACAGGAACACCCAUGAUGAAUGGAAUCAUAGAACUGUACUCUCUUGUCAAGUUCCUGAGGAUUAAACCGUACUCGAAGUGGGAAGAGUUCCGACAGGGAUUUGGUGUUCUAUUUGGCCGCAAUGGAGACCCCAAACACGUGGCCAUGGAUAAGCUACAAGCACUUCUCAAAGCCAUCAUGCUCCGACGUAAGAAAAGCUCAAAACUCAACGGUAAGCCUAUCCUUGUGCUCCCCGAGAAGACGGAAGAAAUCAUCUAUGCCGAAUUGUCACCUGAGGAGCGCGAUUUCUAUUCCCAGCUUGAAAAGCAUGCCAGGGUCCAGUUCAGCAAAUAUCUUCGUGAUGGGACGGUCAGCAAGAACUACUCCAACAUUCUUGUUCUCUUGCUUCGCUUGCGCCAGGCUUGUUGCCAUCCACAUCUCAAUCUGGAUGUCGACGAGGCCGCCUCUUCGUCUAUCCCGGAUGAAGAUAAAAAGCAGCUGGUCAAAGAAUUGGAUCAAGCUAUAGUGGAUAGGAUCAAGGAAGUCGAGGCGUUCGAAUGUCCCAUCUGCUAUGAUGCCGUUCAAUGCCCCAGCUUUUUUAUUCCCUGCGGCCACGAUAGUUGCAGUGAAUGCUUGGUUAAAAUUGUAGAAAGCGCUUCGUCGGUCAAUUUGCAGGAGGGAAAUGAAAGCAGCCGGGCUAAGUGCCCCGUCUGCCGCGGUCAAUUCGACCCUGUCAAGUGUUUUACCUACGACAUCUUUCGUGAGGUGCACAUGCCGGAAACCGUCAAGAAAGAAUCCAGCAUGGAAGCAGCUGCCGAUGAAUCUGACGACGACUACGACUCAGACUCAGAUUCAGACUAUGAGUCAGAUGAUGAGGUGGACAGAAAGGGUAAUCUCAAAUGUUUUAUCGUUAACGACGAAUUUCCGAAUGAGGAUGAAAAGGUAUUGGUCAAGAAACAGAGCAAAGGAAAGGGGAAACGGAAGAACAAGGGGAAGGCAAAGUCAUCGGAUGUCAAGCCUGCCAUGCUUAAGACCUUGCGCAAGGAGGCUUACAAGAACCGUGAGGCUUUCAAAAAGUACAUGCGAUAUCUACGCAAGACUUGGGAACCCGCCGCCAAGGUUACGGAAUGUAUGAAUCUCAUCAAGAAGAUCGAGGAAACCGGUGAGAAGACCAUCAUCUUUUCUCAGUGGACCCUAUUAUUGGAUCUGCUACAGGUUGCCAUGUCACAUGAGAAGAUGGCUAAGCCAGAGAGAUACGACGGUUCAAUGUCCGCAACUCUUCGCAACAUUGCAGCUCAGAAUUUCCGCGAGCGAAAGGACACCAAGAUUAUGCUGGUUUCCCUCCGAGCUGGAAAUGCAGGCCUGAACCUCACCGCCGCGUCUAGAGUAAUCAUUAUGGAUCCUUUCUGGAAUCCAUACAUCGAGAUGCAAGCCGUCGAUCGCGCGUAUCGAAUUGGGCAACAACAGGAGGUGAAGGUGUAUCGCAUUUUGACCAAGGAGACUGUCGAAGACCGAAUCGUAGAAUUGCAAAACAAGAAAAAGGAGAUGGUGGAGGCUGCGCUGGAUGAGACUGCAGGGAGCAAGAUUGGUCGUCUCAGUAUCAACGACCUCAAGACUCUUUUCGGAUUCAGCCGCUAAUAGAUGUAUGCCGACCAACAAAUGUCACGAUAUCAAUUAUCACAUUGUACAGUAUCACGGGUUACGGCUUGCUUUUUUAGAGUUGGACGAGUUAUGACAGUUACAGACAGGGCUGCGACCUUGACCUCGUGAGAGCUGAACGACCAUCUCGCGGUGUUAUUUCGACUAAGGAAUUUCCUUAAUGCAAUCAUGUGAGCAACGGGACAUGGAAUUUUCUGGGGUGUGAGCUCAAGGAAACUGUCUUGCAGAUGUUUUCAGUGCUGAUUGCAGGCGGCAUACAUGUUGCAUUAGGGCAAACAGUCCGUAGAUGAACCGUGUCAACGUCAGAGAAAUGAUUUCAGUACAUAUCACAAUGCUUCCAAUUGGGAGGCAAGAAUGGGCGUGUGAUUGCAUUGUAUGCAUGGUAUGACUAUACUACACCACAGCUGGUGUAGCCCUCCUGAGCAUCAUCAAAAGCUGGGCAUGUACUAUCCACCUUCCUGUCCUACCCUUUCAGCCGAAGGCGAC